AGGGGAAGGAGAGAGAUAUUUUGACCCACGGUGAUUUCUGUGACGCUUAUCCGACCAAUGAAAGCUUGGAAAGAGGCGCGUAGAAUAAAGUUUUCGGUAGCAUGUUGCCGUUUAUAGAAUAAAGUUUCUUCUUAAUACACAAAUGCGUAUUCUGUAUUCAUUCAUUUGGCGCCUCACAUGCUUCGGUUGGCUCGCUUUAGGCUGCCUUCUCUGUAUUUUGUACUCUCCCCUCUUCCUAUGCCACGUGUUCUGAUUCGGACGAGCCACGUUGCGUGCAACUACCAAACAAGUCAUUUUAACUUCACAAGGUCCGAUUUGACCUCCAAAACAACGACAAGUUUUGGAACAGUCGCGAAGAUCAAGGGUAGAAUCGUCUUCUUUACUUCCAAUUCCUUUUUAUUUAAUCGUCCCUCUCGUUUGCUAGUCUUUGAAAGAUUUUUAAAACGUAGCAGCUGUUUAAGUAAAUCCCAGUCCUUCAGUUUGUGCUUUUGUGUGUUUGUUUCUCUGAUUUACGCAAAUUGGAAACAAUCCAAUGGCGUUUGUUUCUCAAUUCAAUCAACUUCCGUGCAAGACUCUCGCACUCAAUCCACCGCAGCCUCAAUUGACUUCUAAGCCUUCGAUUUUCCCCAUCGCUUCGAUUGGGGCCGGCGCCAGAGCCGCGGCGGGGAAGUCACUGAUUUCAGUUAGACCUUCGUUCAAGGUCCGUGCGGUGUUAAACGAUGACGAGUGGGGGGAGGAGAAGGAGGAGAAGUAUGGAGAUGGUUCGGCUGUGGCGGUAGCUGAAGAGGAGGAGGAAAAGCCUAUGGAGCCAUCGGAGAUUUAUAAACUGAAGAAGGCGUUGGUGGACUCGUUUUACGGGACCGAUCGUGGAUUACGAGUGUCGAGAGAUACUAGGGCGGAGAUUGUCGAGCUGAUUACGCAACUGGAAUCGAAGAACCCAACGCCUGCUCCUACUGAGGCCCUGACUCUGCUCAACGGCAAGUGGAUUCUACAGUACACAUCUUUCUCGGGUCUGUUCCCAUUGUUGUCUAGGAAUACAUUGCCAUUGGUCAAAGUUGAGGAAAUUUCGCAGACAAUUGAUUCAGAGAACCUCACCGUCCAAAACUCUGUUCAGUUUUCGGGUCCUCUAGCCACCACUUCCAUUACUACCAAUGCAAAGUUUGAAGUUCGAAGUCCCUUGCGUGUACACAUCAAGUUCGAAGAAGGUGUCAUUGGAACACCCCAGCUGACGGAUUCGAUAGUGAUACCAGAUAAUGUGGACUUUCUUGGGCAGAAGAUUGACCUUUCACCAUUCAAUGGUAUCAUAUCUUCCAUUCAAGACACUGCUUCAAAUGUAGCCAAGACGAUUUCUAGUCAACCACCACUCAAGUUCUCAAUCUCAAACACGAAGGUAGAGUCUUGGUUGCUAACUACUUAUCUUGAUGAAGAUCUUCGAAUUUCACGAGGAGAUGGUGGUAGCGUGUUCGUACUCCUCAAGGAAGGCAGUGCUCUCUUAUCUCCCUAAACACCCUUACUCUUCUCACUAUAAAGGGUUCGUAGGAAACUGAAUUAUUAUUCAAGAAUUUCGUUAAACAUGUUGUAGUUUCUUAUCAAAUAGUGUGAUAUUGCCUUCCGUUCAAA